AUGGUUGCAAACACCGUAAUCCGGAUGUAUGUAUGCGUUUGGUGGUGUAUUGGACGUCGAUCUCUGUUCGCAGAUAACAAGCUAUAUGCGCGACGGGCUCAACACCCGGGGUACCCUUCCUGGGCAGACAAUAUCCCCGCUGUGUUUUCAUGUCCUUCCCCUUACAUACCACAUUUCGACGUGAAGAGCAAUAAGGCAGAAAUCGGCCCGGCUGGGAGCGCCACCGAAAAUACAAGUACGUUGCAUGAGAGGAAAGGUAUCCGGAAGCCUGGAACAUAUCAGGACCAGGUAAACACACCUAUUAAAUAG